CAGUCUGAGAAGUGCAGACAAUGUGUCUGUGAUGUGGAGAAGCAGCAGCAGCUGCUCUGCCUGUCAUCUUCCUACCUGACACUUGAAUUUUGAUAGCACUCAUCAGGACUUGACAGCAAAAGAGCAGCUGCCUGAUCAAGGAUCUGUUGGAUCUGUUGGCAGGAACAGUAGACUACAGUUAAUGUGAGGCUGUGGUGGACUUCAGAAUGAGCAAGAGGGGGAGGAGGAGGAACAGCAAGAGAAGGAAGAGCUCCAGCAGCAGUAAACAGAGCGUCUCACCAUACAUCUUUCAAAAGCAUAACAAAAGUAACAGUGUCAGCUACAGAGAUGACAUUGUUGAAAAGGGUGAGGCAGACUCUUUUCGAAAGGAAAAUGUCCAGUCAGGAUCUGAAGAUGAGGAAAAAUAUAACAAUGCUCCACCUACGGAGAAAAGAUUUAAACAGGAUUAUCAUGUGAAUCCAUUUCCAAACCAACGGAGUAUUUAUACCAAAACAACAGAGGACAAGGAGAAAGGAGUGAGGAUAGUGACGUCGGUGUCUGUUAAUGACAUGGAAGAUUCAUCACCAAAGUUCGUGUUUCAGCAGUCACAUGAACCUUUAGCUGAAAAUAUAACCCACUUAUCAACACCAGUGACUAACAUCAUGAAUAUUAACUGCACCGGGUCACAUGUGAAAGUCGAAAUUCAAGAAUUUUUACAGCUGAAUACUUCCGGCGUCAAGACCACGUUUAUUUUCAUGAAUGAAAAGGGUGACUGUGCUGGAACAUUUUUAAAGAGCAAAUGUGAGAGGACGUGGAUACCAAACAAUGAGUCAUCUGAGCAGCCGUCACACAAUGUGACUAAUCAUGAUGGCAAUCAAAACACAAAUUACACAUUUACCUUUGGCAGCAUGAGUGAACAGAGAGAGGCUCAUAGUGAUUUAGAAUCUGUCAGUCCAGCAAACAUAUGGGACAAUCCGAACUACUCUCAAUACUGCAGUGAUCACAAACAACUAAUAUCAACUGACUUUAUGUUGGCAAAUCAUCCAUCAAGCCCAUCACCGAUGUUUAAUAUCAAACCUCAAGGAAAGAGGAAAUAUUUCCACACCAGCAUGAGUAGUGAUCAGUUCUGGGACAUUCCUCCACCCCGAGAGUUUGCAGACUCUAAAUGUAACACUUUAGAGGACCUAACACGGGACCUAGCUUCCUGUAAGAUUGGCGCAUGUAGUCAUGCUGACAAAGUGAACAUGACCCAUCAUGAAGAAUCUGGAUGCCCAUUUUCUGUGGAAGCAGAGGAAAGAGCAGAUCUGGCUCCUUUGUUCGAUCAGUUAUCAGAAUCUGCCAACUACAGGUCCACGCUCAUGAGGCCCUCUGUGUCUACCAGCAGGUCCAGCUUCACCAAAGAUUUCAUCAACUGUCAAAAGAGAAAAUCAUGGAUUAGAAACAACAGCAUUGCCACCGUGGAGCACAGAGCAUGUUUGUUACCAAAGAAAAGACGCCAAACAUUUCCCGGGAUGUCAGAUGAUCUGGGAGUGAUGCAAGAAGAUCUUCUGUUGCCCUACACUGAAUCCUUUUCUUCUUUGAUCAUGUGCUCACUUCCUCUCCAGAAUGAGAGGAUGGGAGGGAUCCACCAGGUCACUGACAGGUUCUCUGCAUUCAGAGAAGGAAAUUAUGAUUCUUCACAAACCAAGCGGAGUUCUAAACCUGUCUCAGAAAUCCAAAAUAGCCAUGACGGCAAGCAGUCAUUGCUCAGUGAAUUCUACUUGACCAGCUCUGAGGACAAUCCUGACGAUGUGUUCACUGUCAAUGAACAAUGUCGAAGACGAAGCAGCAUCGGAUGCCGUUGUAAAGAGCUCAGAUUACAGGACAUAGAUUUAAAGCAGAGCCUUUGCAGGGACAUGGGAAGUCUGGACACUGAAGAUUUUGGAUAUAAAGUUGAUCAAAGUGAAAUAGCAGACAGUGGAUUUGACCAAGAAAUGGGGGAAACAGAAUAUCACAGCCCAAAGCCCCUUAGAGAGAAGCUCAGGCGAAGAGCCCUUGCUAUACAAAUCACCCCUCCGUCCUGCAGUGGCUCAGAGGAACACAUGCUACAGAGCCAUCCUGAAACAUCACUCCACAACAUUGAGGUCCAAAAUGAAAGCCAACAGGACUCUGUCUCACCCAAACAUAAUAAGUCCUCGGUCAUGACAAUAACUGUUGGUGCACUUGAGCCAAGAUCCCUGCAGAUGGACUCAAGCUCAUCACUGGGUAGUUGUACGGAAAAACAUCUUACUACUGCUUCAGAAGAGCCCUGCAUGUCCCCUUCGCAGGAUGUAAAUGGUAAUCCAUUAAAUACAGAGGAGGGUACAGAUCAGACUGAACCCAAGCCAUGUGGUGAAAAAACAGGAAAUGCCAGCUCUUCUCAGUCACUAAUGUUUGAGCAGAAAAAUGAUCUGCAACUGGACACAGCAAGAACAGAUACAGAGGGUUCAGACAAACCUGCAGUCACAGCAUCGUGUCCUGCCAAAGGUUCUACAGACACUGAACUCCAUGCAAAAGAGCAGCUCUGUAAAACGGACAAGGCAGAUAAACAGAUUGUAUCCAGAUCUUCCUUAGAGGCCAAAGAGCAUCUGAAACCUGUGACAGACAGCAGUGGUACUGACCAUUGGGCCAAGAGGCGAAAGCUCUUCAAGGAGAGCAAGCAGUGGAGCUCUGCUGGAGGAAGCUCAGUCACAAGUGACAUCACAGAGGAAUCAGUAUCAGAGGACACCCGUUCUAUGGACGUGACAAUUCAAGACAAUGAUGGAAGGGGCUUCUAUACAGAGACUUUCCACUCUUCAGCAUGGAUUUACCAAGGAGAUGAUGUCGACUCAGAGGCCAUUCCUCCCAGCCUCAACACCAGAACUCGAGCUGUCUCAAUUCGUGAGAGGACUGUCAAGAUAAGCAAAGGGACAGGAGAGUAUCCAUGGGGCUUUCGGAUACAGUUUUCCAAACCCAUUGUGGUUACAGAGGUCGACACAAAUGGGGCUGCUGAGGAAGCGGGGUUGAUGGUAGGAGACUAUGUUCUUGCUGUCAAUGGAACUGAUGUCACCAGCAUUCCCCAUUCUGAGGCUGCUGAUUUGGCCAGGCAAGGUCCAGAUGUUCUAACGUUGACCAUUGGGUCAGACAUUGCUCGUGCUCCUAACAUCCCAAGACCAGCAUGUCGUGGUUAUCUUCACAAGCGUACCCAGUCUGGUCUGAUUAAAGGCUGGAGGAAGAGGUGGUUCGUACUCACACAUGACUGCUGCCUUUACUACUACAGACACAAACGGGAUGAAGGCAAGAGGCGAGCUCUGUCAGCAGUCAAACUGGAAGGGGCUGAGGUGGGACCAGAUAUUUCCCUGGGAAAGCCAUUUGUGUUCAAGUGUCGCCCUCAGUCCGGUAACCGAGUGUACUUCUUCUGUGCCACUUCCAACCAGGAGGUGAAAAGGUGGCUAGAGGCUAUGGAGAAAGCUAUUCAUCCCAUCACACAGAACCACGUGUGGGUGGACGUCACCAGACACAACUCUAAUCUGCCCCCGCUGGCUGUGAAAAACCCUGAGUGUCUCGGAUUGCUUCAUAAAAUGGACAAAAGCAAGGACAUGUGGGUACAGCACUAUUGCAUUCUGAAGGAUGGCUGCCUCUCCUUCUACAGUGGUAUCCGCGCAACUCAUGCACAUGGUGGGAUCUACCUCCAGGGGUACAUGGUGCGAGAGCAGCCCUAUGGAUCCAAGAAAUCCACCAUUGAGCUGAAACCUCCUUCUGAUGAGUUCAAGACUUUCCACCUCUGUGCUGAAAAUCCUAAUGAGAACAAACGGUGGAUCAUAGCUCUCAGAGCUUCAGUAAAGAAGUGGCUGCCUUUGCAUCAGGCCCUUCAGGACUAUGUGAACCAGCCAUCAGAAGAGACCAGAAUGUGAGACACAGCAUAAACAGUGAUAUCCGUCUGACUGACAUCCGUCUGACUCAGCCUGUGGACUGCUUGAUGAGCCUCCUGCUUGCACAUUACUGCACUUUGUUCCCUGUGCUGUCCCUUUUGUUUUGGAGGAUAACUUCACUCAGCUGGAGAGAAUCAGGCCACAAUUAGUAGUGCCCUCAGUCUAUGCAGCCUCAUUUACAUAAAGAUCUACUGCAAAUGGCAAAGUGCAAAAGCAAAUGUGAGGGACGAGCACAAAAACUAAAAACACAACUUUAUAUUUUGCACGUCAUUCCUCUUUAAAUUUUUCCUUUAUUUUUCUACCUUUGGUCAUACAGUUUUUCUUUAUUUAACCUCUUUAAACCUAUUUAAAUGUACAAUUGGAACAUUUCCAUUUGUACAUAUAUCUAUGACCUAAUGAUUCUUAGAUCAAACAUAGUUUACCAUUUUGUCUGUUCUUUUCUUUUUUUUUCUUUGAGAAAUCAUCCUCCACAUUUUCAGCAUCCCUGUGUCUAAUGGCAGCACUUGCUAGCACUUUACCUAAGCAGGCAGAUGGUUAUGGACUGUUUGAGACAUCUGGAUUGUGCCAUAAGGCUUUCAAAAUAGACAUGCAAGCCCAGUGAAAAAUACUUAAGACAUAUCAGUUCAAAGGGCUUCACUCAUAGUGUUGGGAAUUUCCAAAAUUCUCUAGAGGUUUCAGUUUGUGAUAUAAAAUACUGACAUUUCUGUGCUUUUAUACUGAAUCUGUGUGACUGUGUUUUGUUUUUACUGCUACAUUGUAAACUGUUAAAAUAUAGAUGUGCUCUCAUACUUUUGAUACAGCUGUUACUCACCGCGUAACAGAUAGCAAUGCAUUCAUUUGUUAGCCAAAUAAAUUAUAUG